AUGGUGGUGCAUAAUUGGCGAGCAACUGUAGAGUGCAUGGAAAGAGCCUUGGCAGCCAAUGCCUUUCUAAUUUCAGCUUCGUGCCCAACACCUCUCCCUCCUCAAAUAAUCCAAAUUGAGGAGUCAGAGGAUGAGGAAGAAGAAGAGUACUCUUCCUCUGACGAUGACAGGGGUAACCCUUUUUCAUCAGAGGAGGAGGCCUCUAGAGAUGCCUCCGAAGACUCCUCACCUUCUUCACCAGAAAAUUCUGGUGGUGAUGAAGGUGAUGAUGAGGAAGAAGAAGAAAAAGAAGAAGAGGAAGCUUCCCCUCCUGCCCGCCAAAGGGAGGCGGAUGACAACAAUGAUGAACCUCCUGCUAAAAGGAGAAGGGUUCGGGUCAGUGGCAGCACCAAACAGGACCACGGUGACAGCGACUCCGGCGCUGACUCCGACGCCUUGAAGCUACCAUCCCCAAAAUAUUAUAUGCCAAUCUAG